AUGGCUUUGUUGGUCAUUUUUGCUUUAGGGUUCGUGAAACAAUCAUUUGGAGCACCAGUUCCUUUUGGUUCUUGGAGAGUGGUCAUAAUAAACGAUCAAUCGAAGGCACAACUUAAUGUUCAUUGCAAAUCCGGUGAUGAUGAUUUAGGUGCACAUAUUAUCAAGGUUGCAGAUGAUUACGAUUGGAAAUUCAAGGUGAAUCUUUGGGGAUCUACUCGUUUUUGGUGCACUUUUGAUAGCCAAAAUGGGCACUUGUCCUUUGAUGUGUUUUGGCCCGAGGGGGACAGCACUUGGCUUUUAGAAAGAUGUGGCUAUGGGAGUUGCAUUUGGGUAGCAAAAGACGAAGGAAUUUACUUGAAGAAUGACCCUCGAAAUACGUUUGAACUCAUUCAUAAAUGGAAAUGA